AUGCUCUUGUCCCUGGCAGUCGUCGCCGCGUCCCUGGCGCACAUCAGCCUCGAGUUCUCGGUGCCGCGUGGCGCUUGGUGGCAGGGCAGCGUUCGCGCUACCAUCGUGAGGCCAGAGCGAAAGGCGACUGGCGUCGCCGUCGUGGCGCACUGCACGCUCUGCUGGGGAGACUGGUACCCCCACCUCGAGAAGCUCGCAGACACCCACGACCUGAUGAUGGUAUUCUUGCACAGCGACGUCAUCGACUCUCCGCGCCACUUCUUCGACUUCUCGAACGGCGCCCCGCACACGUGGUUCUCCGGCUACGGGGAGGACAUGACCAAGAUCCUACACGCCGUGCGCGAUUCGGCGAACGAGUUCGGGUCGGAGCUAUACGGCACCCUCUUGCCGGCUGCCCCGGCCGUGGCCGUCGGCCAUUCCCUCGGCGGCGCGGGCUCGCUCAUCGCCACGUCGAGAGACGAGGACUUUGAGGGCGCGUUUGUCAUGUCUCCCUGCGUGGUGCACAGCGAGACGCUCGCGUCCAUCUCCAAGCCAAUCAUGGUGCUCUCGGCGACCGAGGACGGCAUCUGCCCCCCCGCCCGAACGGCGCGCCCGUAUUACGCAGCGCUUUCGCGUGCGCCGGAGCUCUACUAUGCCGAGAUCGUGGGCGGCACCCACUGCGCCUUUAUGGACGUGUCAGGGACCAACUGGGAGGCAGGUGCGCAGCUCGGCGUCGCAGAGGCGGCCGGAGGCGCCUGUCGGCUGGCGGAGCGAGGCGUGGGCCUUCUGCUGGGCGCGCCGCCGCUGGCGGAGACGCUCGAGAAUGACGCGCAGCGCGCGACAACAGCACGACUCGCGGGCCUCUUCUUCGAUGCCCUGCUGGGCACCGCCGCCGAGCGUCGCGGCGCCGGCGCGGGCGGUGGGCUCGACCCCUGCCCGACCGAGAAGCCCCUGUCCGAGAGUGCGCCGUGCCCGCCAGCCGGCUCCGGACGCGGCGCUCUGCUGGCUGCGCUCGCGGCGGACGAGGCUGCCGGCUUGCUGAGCAACGUGCGGUCCGCGCUCGGAGCCCGCGAGGAGUCGCCGGCGCCCGAGGGCGCGCACCUGGCGAGCCAGAACUACCUCGCCCUUCUCCAGGAGUGCCUCUGCGUCUAGCGGAGGCCGGCUGAUAGCUCCUCGGUGCACUCCAUAUGAUAUUUGUGAGGAGCGAUCGGCGUAUGACAACCAGCCGUCGAUCCCGUCGGGUCGGCGGCUGCAUGAACCCCAUGGCGCGAGCGGACGAU